AUGUAUGUUCCAUUGAUUGCCACUUCAGUUUCUCUGAGCCCCUAUGAAUCCUGCUUAGUUGUUUCUAUGGGUCAUAUUCUCCUGGUUUCCUUAACCACUCUGGAUCGAUCCUACAAGCUUCACCAUUCCUUGCACAGGAUUCUCAGAGCUCAAGGACCAGAAAAUGGGAAUGCUAAGAGGAACGGCAGAUACAGUUGGGAGGACAAUAAUAUUGAAGAAUAUUGUAAAAGUUCUAGAAGACAUAAAAGGCAAGAAAGAAGUCAAACUGGAGAGAGACCUUCUGUACAUACUCAAUGUCUUAACACCUUUGCAUAUCCCAGUACUGUUCAAUGGCAUAAAAGAACAAAUACUAGUGAGAAUCCUUAUGAAUGCAAUCAAUGUGUUAGAGCCUUUGCAAAUUAUAGUCAUCUUCAAAUGCAUAGAAAAACAGACACUGGAGAGAAACGCUAUGAAUGCAUUCAAUGUGGUAAAGCCUUAGCAUGUCAAAAAAAUCUUCAAAUGCAUGAAAGAACACACACUGGAGAGAAACCCUAUGAAUGUAAUCAAUGUGGUAAAGCCUUUGCACGAUACAGUAAUCUUCAAAGACAUAAAAGAACGCAUACUGGAAAGAAACCGUUUAAAUGUAAUGAUUGUGGUAAAGCCUUUGCACAAUACAGUAAUCUUCAAAUUCAUAAAAGAAUACAUACUGGGGAGAAACCCUAUGAAUGUAAUCAAUGUGGUAAAGCCUUUGCUCGAGACAGUCAUCUUCAAAGACAUAAAAGAGCACACACUGGAGAGAAACCCUAUGAAUGUAAUCAGUGUGGUAAAGCCUUUGCAGAUGACAGUACUCUCCGAGUACAUAAAAUAACCCAUACUGGAGAGAAAUCCUAUGAAUGUAAUAAGUGUGGUAAAACCUUUGCAUGGCAGAAAAGUCUUCAAAUGCAUAAAACAAUACACACUGGAAAGAAACCCUAUGAAUGUACUCAGUGUGGUAAAGCCUUUGUAUGGUACAGAAGUCUUCAAAUGCAUAAAACAACACACACUGGAGAGAAACCCUAUGAAUGCACUCAAUGUAGUAAAACCUUUGUAUGUCAACAAAGUCUUCAAGUGCACAAAAGAACACACACUGGAGAGAAACCCUAUGAAUGUAAUCAAUGUGGUAAAGCCUUUGCACAUGCCAGUACUCUUCAAAGACAUGAAAGAACACAUACUGGAGAGAAACCCUAUGAAUGUAAUCAGUGUGACAAAACCUUUGCAGAUGACAGUACUCUCCGAAAACAUAAAGUAACCCAUACUGGAGAGAAAUCC